UUUAUUUGUUGUGCGCGCACUGGCUGCCCGGAUUCAAUCUUUUCUCCUCAGCUAUCCUUUUUAUUAUUACUUAAUUGCCACUCCGCUUCCCAGCUACGCCGCACCCCGCUUGACACCCGCUUUUCUCUUUCAUUCGCUCACUCGGCAUUCUACUUCUCAAUCAACAGACAAUUUCGUCUCGUCCGAAUUAGUCAUCUCGCCUCGCCUCAUUCGCGCGUUCACCCAAUCAACUGCCUCCCCGUACGCAAUGACAGAGCACAUUCUUCCCGAGCGCCAGCUGAAGGAGCUACAAAAGGCGAUCCUCGACUUUAUGCAGACAAAGGGCUACACUGAGAGCGCCGACGUGUUUGCGCGCGAGACCGACAACGAGGGCUUCACAGCAGAUUCCAAGGACCGCCACCACAACCUACUGGCCAAAAAAUGGACAUCGGUCAUCCGAUUGCAGCGCAAGAUCAUCGAGCUGGAGACAAAGGUCGCCAAGAUGCAGGAGGACAUCAAGUCCGGAGCGGUCGUGCGGCGAGGGGCCCGGUCAGACGCCGAGUGGCUGCCGCGGCCACCGGCGCAGACAAGGCUGGUCCAACAUCAGGCGCCCGUCACGCGCGUGCGCUUUCACCCGCACUAUACUGUGGUUGCGUCGGCAUCCGAGGACAUGACCGUGAAAAUCUGGGACACAGAGUCGGCCUCGUUCGAGCGCACACUGAAGGGCCACACGAAGGCUGUCCAGGACAUAGCCUUUGACGCCAAGGGUGCUGUGCUGGUGACAUGCUCGGCCGACCUUACUCUGCGCGUAUGGGACAUCGCUGAUGAGUACAAGUGCGUGCGCACGCUGCACGGCCACGACCACUGCGUGUCGGCCGUCAGUUUUUUGGGCGCCGACAAGCUGGUGUCGGCAUCUCGUGACAAGACGAUCAAGGUCUGGGAGCUGUCAACCGGCUACUGCAUCCGCACACUGAGCGGCCACGCCGAGUGGGUGCGCAGCGUCAACGUUACUGAGGACGCGCGCUUGAUCUGCACCGCGUCCAACGACCAGAGUGUGCGCACGUGGGAUCCUGCCUCUGGCGAAUGCAAAGCCGACAUGCGCGGCCAUGAAAAUGUUGUAGAGGUCGCCAAAUUUGCACCUGUCAACGCCUACAACUGCCUGCGCCGCCUCUCGGGCCUGCCCUUGCCAACUGCUGCCGAAAAGGCCGCCGCCAUAGCCGCUGCCAACAAGGAUAGCAGCGGCUCAGACGCUCAGCUUGUUGAUGCCAGCAUCCCGGCCAAUGCACAGGGCCUUUUUGUCAUCAGCGGCUCGCGCGACAAAACGUUGCGGCUUUGGGAUACGUCAUCGUCGCAGCUGCUGCACACCUUUGUCGGCCACGACGACUGGGUGCGCGACUUUGUGUUCCAUCCAUCGGGGAAGACACUCAUAUCGGUUUCUGAUGACAAAACAAUGCGCCUGUGGGACCUGGUCACUGGCCGCUGCAUCAGGACCAUAGAGGCAUCGGAGCAUUUUACCACUUGUGUUGAUCUCACUGAAAUCAAGCAUCUGGUGGCCACUGGAUCUGUCGACAACUCCAUCUCAUUGUGGGAUUGUCGGUGAACAACAAUUUAAUAUAUAUUAAUGUAAGCUUUUCUUGUCUACUCUCAAUUUUAUAAAUCACCAGCCAAAUAGAAUGCUGAAAUAUUGGUAGUCUUACCAGAAAG